CAGCAGAAAGGAAUCGUGGUUCUAAGGAUUUUAAAGACAAACUUUCUUGAAGAAGCUACAGGGACACAACUGGUAUGGUGCGUAUACUAGAACUUUGUCACACACCAAGUUGAUGUUUUUCAACAGACGCUUCUAAAGCUUCAGUUGAUUGAACUGAUCAAGAAAGGAACACUUUACUUCCAUCAGUAUGGGCUGCUCUCCAUCUAAAGGUCAGCUCUUUAGUAAAAAAGCUCUGCUGUCUGGACCUCAAGAAGGUAAUGCUGAACCGCUCUCUUAUGGGACAGAACUUCAAGUCAAAACAGAGACUAACACGGGUUCAGAAGGACGAGCAGCAACAGAGAUGCAAGACAAUACUAUAAGCAGACAAGGUAAGAGAUCCUCAAUAGAUGAUGAUGUCUCUGAUGCCACUGUGAUAGUCAAAGAAGAUAAUAGUAAAGAAGAAGAUAUCCCCCAGAGGAGAGCUUCUCAGGAUGGACAGAUUGCUCAAGAAGAGAACAAGCAAGAAGUGAUGGAAGAAACAAAGACUAAAGAUAAGCAAGCAAAAUGGAGGAAGCAAAGAAAACAGAGGCUUAGAAAAUCUUCCUAUGUGCAGUCAAAAGCAGAGUUCAUAUUAAAAGCACACCAGGCCGCCUAUGCUUAUCUGAACCCCAGCAUAUCCAAAUAUGAGUCUCUUUUAGGGCUCUUGGACCAGGCAGCUCAGAGCCGCCUUUCUUUGCAGACCGCAGUAGCUUCAGUAGUCUCGCAAUAUGAGGAGAUCAACCAGGCAUUGGAGGAAAUGGCAGCUGAAGGCGAGCAGAUGCUGAAGGAACAUGGACACCACAUGACUUGGCCUGCUCUACUCAAAGACUAUCCCCCAACAACAACCAAACCCAGCAAUGGGCUGAACUUUUCCGAGCUUCCUUCUGAACUGCUGAAGCAAAUGCUUCUCCACUCCACAGUGAAAAUCAUCUCAGUAGGAGAUUCCAUGAAAUGCCUAAGUGACUCAUCCUUACAAGAACUAGUAGACUACUUUGGGUCCUUGUCCCAGCUGUUAAGAGAGAAGAUGCUGGCCAAGCAUGUGGCAGAGGGGCGCCUGAAGCAGGUUUUGGCUCAUGUACAUGCUGCUGCUCUCAGGAAACCCAGUCUACAGGAUUUUGCCCUGCACAGUGAGGACAGUGGCAUAGGUGUGGACAAUGAGUAUCAAAAUGAAACAGAGCACCUUCGUCGUCAUCGAGGGAAAUUUGGAUCAGGAGCAAACACUGGGAUAGCAUCUGUCUGUACCACCAGUAGCUCUCCUGACCAGAAGCUUCUUAAUAGCAGAGAGGAAGCAACAGAUAAUGAUAACGAUGACAAUGAUGAUGAUAUUGAUGAUGAUGAUGAUGAUGAUGAUGAUGAUGCAGAAAUUGAAGAGGAAGUUAGUGCUAGAGAUGAGAAGAGGAGAUUGACCAACAAGACAAAAGUGACAAUGAGUGGCUUUUUUGAAGCUGACUCCAGCCAUCCUCAAGUUCAUGCUGAUCUUCAAACCCAUGACCAAGCCAAAAGUAACUUAAAAAGGAAAAUCAGACGGCCAAAAACGGCAGACAAUACCUGUCAGUUGAAGCACAAACAUCACCAUUUCAGGGGACUAAAUCGUUCACAAUCCACAGAGUGUCUAUGUUCCAAAGUGGAAGAUUCUGAUCUUAAUGAGCAACAGAGAAGCCUGAGGGACAAUCAAACAUCUAACUGGAGGGCUAAAAAUUUACCUGGAGAACUUGUCCUUGGAGGUCGUGUUCACAGAAAGAUUAGAAGACAUUCAUCUGGAGGACAAAGUGCAGCAAGGUACUAUGGUCUUCAGUAUGGAAGCAAAGGGCCUUUUAAGGCAAUGCCACCAACUAGCUCUCCUCCAUCAUUUACACCAGAACCACCAGGUCGAAAUGCUGUCAAGAGGCUCAUUAAUACUUUUAGUCAAGGGGUUGAAAACAAUUCAAGGCAAAGUCUUUUAUACCAUAGACCAAUAAAACUUAGUGGUAACAAGAAAUGCAGUCUCCCGCUGUUAUUGAACAGCAAAGGAGCACUUACCACCUCCAGUAGCAUAAAUAAAGUUGAUCCCAGACUACUAGAUAGACCUGAUCAUCUAGAUAUAGACAGCCUGCCCCCUCCACCCCCAGAAAUGCUGAUGGACAACUUAUUUGAGACCAGUGUAGGCUUGCCUUGUGUGGAAGGGGCCAAUGAGUCACAGUGCAGAGAGCAACGACUUCGCACUUCAACGCAAAGAGAAACUGUGCUCUCCAUACAACAAGGCAUUGUUAGCUUCUCAGCUACUUGUCCUUUGAGGAAAGAUGCUUUGGUGGGUGCCUGCAUUAAAAUGGAUUCUGAAAGAGAGGCAGCAGCCCCCCUAAACCGUUUUCAAAAGAGUGUUCAUCUGCUUCACACUGCUGGGUCUUCUGCCAAAGCAGGACUGGCAAAUGGAGGUACCCGCAGAUCUCCACCACAUCAAGGAUGCGAAAACCACUGUGAGGGCGAGGCUGCAACUCCACACUCAAAAUGUUUCCCACCAAUGACUCCGCCCAUCUCCAGAACAUGGCUUCCACCCUCCUGCCCCCCUGUGUACCAUGCAGUGCCAAGUCCUCCGUCUACAGCCUGCCAUCCUAGUGGGAAGUGGACUCCAUAUUCAACACCAACCACCUCUUGCAUCCAAAGAUGGGCAAUGGACCAUGAAGAAAAUGGCCAUUCUGCAUCUGGUUCACAAUCAUUUUUUGAAGCUCGUGCCGUGUUCUGUCAGGACAACCAAUCAACCAAUACAUGGACACCUUCAUGUACAUCUACAUUACCAUGGCCAUGGGGAGAACCUGCUAGAGGUAGACUACCAACUACUCAUCUUCAACCAUCUCUUCAACCAUCUCUUGUGAGACGCACCUCAGGUCAUAAAUCAUCCCACAGUGAGGAGCCACAAUCAUUCCCUAAUGCCAAACAACAACAUAAUCAGAGCAGUGACUUCACAAAUUUGAUCAGUGAGGGGACAAUCAUGGCCUCUAUAACACCAGAAGGCAACAGUUCAGAUGCAGAUCCACACGCUGCUAUAUGAUAUGAGCACACACAGUGUGUAAAUGGGUGAGGGGAUUACAGAUUAGCUGGAUUAAGGCCUUUUCUCAGAUCUCUUACAGGGAUAUAUUUGGGAAAUAUUUCCAAAUAAAUGUC